AUGAGGCACAAUCUGGUGUGUCCCACAUCUCCCACUGUCACUGUUCCUGUAAAAUUGAGUACAUCCAGAUCACAUCACCAAAAAAGCCUUCUUAGGCUAAAGCGGCCUGCUUUUAAAGACCAUGAAGAGAAUGGUGAAAAAAAGAUUCCUAGUCAUAAAUAUAAAUGUCCAAAGGGGCCAUGUCUAGUUAUUCAGCGUCAGGAAAUGACAGCUUUCUUUAAAUUAUUUGAUGAUGAUCUAAUCCAAGACUUCCUUUGGAUGGACUCUUGCUGUAAAAUUGCAGACAAGUAUCUCUUGGCAAUGACUUUCGUUUAUUUCAAGAGGGCUAACUUCACAAUAAAUGAGUAUACCAGAAUCAAUUUCUUUGUCUCUCUGUAUCUGGCAAAUACAAUUGAAGAAGAUGAUGAAGAAUCAAAGUAUGACGUUUUCCCAUGGGCCUUGGGAAAAGCCUGGAGAAAAAUCUUCCCUGAUUUCCUAAAGUUAAGAGAUCGACUGUGGAGUAGAAUGGACUACAGGGCUAUUGUAAGCAGACGCUGCUGUGAAGAGGUGAUGGCUAUUGCUCCAACACAUUUUGCAUGGCAGCGAGAACGUUCUGUACACCACAGCGGAGCUGUAAGAAACUACCACAAUGCUCAAGUUCAGCUGCACCAAGGACCUAAUGCUACUCCUACAGACUGCCUGCUUUGUGGUAAGAAGGGAAGAUUUGUACGACUAGGAUUAUCACCAUCCUCCUCCUCAUCUGCUAGCACUCUGGAGAUGGAACUACCUUCAGUCCAGAAUUUGAAGGACACUUUUACAACUGAAAAAAUGCUCAUCAAAUCUCCUUUGUAUUAUGCCCAAGACUGUCAGAGCCUGUCCAGCAAAAGGAGACGAGGUAGCAUCUUGAACCAAGACAAAUCCAUGGACUGGUUUACAAGCAAUGAAGAAUACUCCCAGUGA